AGGGAGGGGUCCCUCUUCUCUUUCCAAACAAGAACCUUCGUUCUUAUUUUUAAUAUAUUGGGUUGUGUUGUAAAUUUAAGAUUAUCGUUCUUUUCAUUUUAACGUGUUCGGUUUUAAUUUUAUUUUUCUUAUUUCUCUGUCUGAUUGUGAUAUUCUUUGUCAAUACCCUCAUUCUCUCUUUCUUCUCAUUUAUUUUCGUGAAGAAAUGGAACGAUAAAUCUAACAACGAGCACUCUUUCUAUUUUUCUCUAUUCAUACUCAUCUUCUGAUUUUCCCAACAGAUCGAGCCUUUUCCAUUUCAUCUGAAUUGCCAAUUUUAGUGCCUGGCUUGCUGCUCUAUUGAGGAAUUUAUUUCAUAUAUUUAACUGCAUCAAGUUGGGAAACUCAGAUUCCUUCAAUGCAAGGGCAGAGAGGUACAAUCGGUUCAAUGUCUGAAACAUUAGAAUUUGAUUGUGGAUCUACAUCAAGUAAUUCUAACGCGGAUCAGCAGAUUUGCUGGAAUAAUGUGCAGAAUCGGGCAGAAAAUCAAAUACCUGAUUAUAUACUUUCUCCUGGUCAUUUGAACUCAUCUUAUGUGAAUUCUAUAAAUCAAGAAUGGCAAAAUUUUAGUGGAUGGAGCUUAGGAGAGCCAAGUUCCAGUAAUACGCCAAAUGAGGUUGACAGUAAUGAGCAUAAAAGAGAACUUGGAUGGUCAUUGACUAGAACUGCUGGUACAGUAGAUGGUCCAAGACUAGAAGAAAGGUGCCUUGAACCAACCAAUGCUCUUUCACUAGACAAUGCCAAUGCAGGUCCUAUGUAUAUGCGUAGCUCCAAUUGUCAUUUGAUUUCCCGGAAUAUCAACUUAAAUGCAGGUUUAGCGGAAAGUGGCAGUGAUAAUAGUCAACACCUGGAGGGCCCUAACUUACAAAAGUCUAGUGGGUCAGUAAAUGAGAGUGUAUCAUCUAUUGUUGGAUCUGGUUCUUUUCCACUUCCUCCCGGAAAUAAUGGCUUCCUGGUAGCAGAUAACGAUGGUAGGCCAGGUUGUUCUCUCGAGACUCAACGCAUGUCUUGUAAAAGAAAAGCUGUUGAAGGAAGUUCAAGCUACAGUCAGCAUACAGAUGGUAAUGCUUGGCUCCCUAUUCCUACUUGGGAUAAUGCCGGGAGCAGUUCCAGUAGAUCUAUUUCCUCAGAACAGGUAAAUGCAAGACUUGGCCUGGGUACGGGGGAUGAAGCAUCUGAAAAGGCUUCUGAUUCAAAUGUUGCAGGAAGCUCGGAAAGCUUUAACAGGAAUUUCCGGUUGAGGAUAAAUCCUUCUAACCAACAAAGUUCCAUUCCUUCCACUGCUUUCUCAACUGGGAGCAUGAUUAGGCACUCUGUUGUUUCAUCAUCCUCUCAAGUGUCACAGAGGUUUCAUCCUGUUGAUAAUUCUCUGAACUUGAGGUCAGCACCACCAAUAGAUAAUAUGAUUCCUCAAAGCCAGCCACUAGUAAUUCAUGUUCCUGCUUUGCCAAGGAAUAGACAAUCAUUUAGAUGGAGUGGUAGUUCUAGGUCAAGAAACAUCCAUUCAUCAAACUCAAUUGUAUGUGCGGACAGGAAUCAGGAGGAUGCAAACUCAAGAAGUAUGUCCAGAAAUAUUUUAGAAAACCCAGGUUUUGUACCUGCAACUGAUUUAAGAAAUUUGGUUCAAACUCCAACUAUUAGAGCUUCAAGUUCUAGUAGUGAAAAUUUAAGUAUUCCAGGAAAUGUUGCUUCUUCAUCACGGACUGCAUCAAAUCCAGCUACCAAUCCCUCAUCUGCCCCAACUUGGGUUUCUUGUCCUAUAUCUGAAUAUGUCCGUCGGUCCUUAUUUUCUCCUGGUUCUGAUGCUAUUGGAAGUCCAAGCAAUAAUUAUUCUUCCUUGCGCUCUGGUCUUUCUUCAUCUGAAUCAAGGAUAUUAUCAUCUGGGGUUGGGGCAAACCUGGGAUCAUCUUCACGGUUGGAGAGGCAAGGAGAUGGUGAUUUUGGAAUACCCUAUUCACUACGUACUUUGGCUGUUGCAAGUGAAGGAAGUAGUAGACUUGUAUCUGAGCUUCACAAUGUUUUGGGCCUUAUCCGUAGAGGUGGUGGGAGCAUGCGAAUUGAGGAUGUUAUGAUACUUGAUCAAUCAUUUCUCUCUGGAAUAGCUGAUGUUCAUGAUCGACACAGGGAUAUGCGACUUGAUGUUGAUAACAUGUCUUAUGAGGAGUUACUGGCUUUGGAAGAGCGCAUUGGAAAUGUGAGUACUGGAUUGAGUGAGGAAACCAUAUUGAAACUCUUGAAACAUAAAAAGUAUUCGGUUGAAACAGGAUCUCAGCCUGAUGCAGAACCCUGUUGUGUUUGUCAGGAGGAUUAUGGUGAUGGAGAUGAUAUUGGAACACUUGAUUGUGGCCAUGAUUACCAUAGGGACUGUAUCAAGCAGUGGCUAAUGCGCAAGAAUCUGUGUCCCAUUUGUAAGACAACAGGCUUGGCAACAUGAGGUCUGUGACUUGGUUCGCAGGCAAAAAUGAUGACCAUGAAGAAAAAUGGUACAAUAUACCCAGGAAAUUCUGGUUCUUUGGUGCCUUGUCAUACCUUGUUUCCUAUCUGUAGCCUAGUAUUUUUGUUAUUAUCAUUUCGUUUAUUUAUCUAAAGCCAACAAUCUGCCGGUUUAGGUGAUGGAGCAAUUUAUAACUAAACUUGACAAAGCUUGGCUUACAUUUAUGAAAAAAAUUUUCGUUGCCCAUAUUGCUGACAAGAAUUAUCAUUGAAACAUGAAGGUCGUAUUAGAUUUACGUAUCUGGAGUGCUCUUAGGGGUUAUUCUGUUCUCCGAAAUUAUUAUUCCUUGGUUUUGCUGAUGUUUAUCAAUAUUAGAGGGUUUGGGGUUACCUUAGCUUGCUUAGGUUCUUGACAUAAUUCUCUCGUGACACUAUGUUUGGUUCAAAAGAAUGAAAUUUCUUUUAUAUGCUUUAGAUUCUGCCUGAAUUAAUUAUGCAUGUUUUAUUUAUAUUUUGAUUUUUUUCAUGAGUUUUUCUAUUUAAUUUGUAUUUAUAUUUUUCUUAAAUUUAAUAAUGGAUGCAUGAUUUUUUUUAAUUAAUAAUUAUAAUUAAAACAUUUAUAUUUAAGAUUGCAAUCUUUUUUUUGUUUUUUUCCAGAUUAAUUCGGAUUUGAUCUGGGUCAGUACCUGAAUGUAGUGAGUGAAUUUAGUACCGAAAUUUUUUGCAUAUACAAGAAUUGAAACUUAAUAUCUUAUUUAAAUGAUAUAGAGUUUUUUCGUACUUGGAUUAAUUUUUGUUGGUUAUAUAACGAUUUAUUUCAUUCUAAAAAAAAUUUCAUAUUCCAGUCUAAUAAAGAAAAUUUUAAUUAUGUAUUUAUCUUUUAAAAAUAUGAAUUAAUCAAAUUAUAAAAAAAAAACUUUCGCUUAUAUCUUUGUGACAACGUAAAUUGAAGUCUUUUAUAAGCAUCCUUUAAAUUUAAAAGAAUAUUAAAAUAAUAAUAGAAUCUCCUCCUCCUAAAACAUUUUUUCU